UUGACAUUAUUUAUACAUAUAUAAUUCGAAGCUAUCUAACUAAUAAAUCUAAACCAAAACAAUACUACAUAUAUCAUUCUUAAUUGAAAAUUCAACAUGAACAACAACAAGUACAACUUUGUCAGAAACAACAAUGGAGUGAUCAAACUACCGCCUGGUUUUCGAUUUCAGCCAACAGAUGAAGAGCUUGUGUUUCAAUACCUUAGAUGCAAAGUCUUCUCUUGCCCACUUCCACCUUAUUCUUCUGACAUUGUUCCUGAGAUCAAUCUUUGCAACUAUGAUCCUUGGGAUUUGCCCUCAUCAGGUGAUUUGGAGCAAGAUAGGUACUUUUUCAGUAACAAAGAAGCAAAAUAUAAGAAUGGGAACAGAAGCAAUAGGAGAACAAGUUCUGGUUAUUGGAAAGCCACUGGCUCAGACAAGAAGAUUGUAUCUUCAACAAUGAAACAUAUUGUUGGGACUCGAAAGACUCUUGUUUUCUAUAGAGGAAAGCCUCCACAUGGAGCUAGAACUGAUUGGUUCAUGCAUGAAUAUACUCUAACUUUCGAUCCACAACAGAUUACUCAGAACCAAACAGAACUGAACUGGGUACUUUGUCGAAUAUUUUACAAGGACAGAAGUACAAAGAAAGAUGUUGAGGAUGAUCAUCAUGAGGGAACUAGUGUUCAGAAUUGGAGGGAAAACAAUUAUGAGCCUAAAAUGUUUGAUCUUGUUAUGGGGUGUAAUGUUAAUUACAAUAAUAUGGGGCCUGUAUCAUCAUCAGCAUCAUCUUCUUCAAGCUCAAGUUCUUUUACUGAUGUAACCUCAAGUAAUGCUACUUAUUAUUAAUAUGCAUGCAUGCAUGGCAUAUGAUGAGGAAAGCAGUGGCUGCAAAAUUUGUGAGAAUUAUGUAUUAAUUGUACCAGAGACCACCAAAAAUAGCAAUUUCUCUUUUGUGGCCA